AAGCUAAACACAGCAAUUCAUUUUCUAGUUGACCAAGCCACUCGGGGAUAGCUUUGCAUACUUUUGGUGUUCGAAGAGCCCAUUCAUCUACGAGAAUGAAGGAACGUGUAAGAUGGGAUGAGGCUAAUAUUGGAGAAAUUGAGGCAAACAAACCUGUGAGGCAAAAAAUUACUGAGCCUAAGACACCGUAUCAUCCUAUGAUUGAUGAUGACAGUUCUCCAUCCCCUGUACAAGGAAGUUUUGAUGAAUGUAUUGAUGGUGAAAAUCAAUCAGUAAAUGCUGAGCGGACUGAUUUUAGUAAUGCGGCCUCUUGUAGCAGAAAAGGAACUAAGCAAUCUGAUGGCUGGACAUCAUCCGAGGAUGAGGCAGAAGCAACGGAACAAGAUGAUGAAGAUAGAAGUUUGAGUUUUAAAGAGCACAGAAGGGCUCACUAUGAUGAAUUCCUUAAAGUCAAAGAGCUGCGACAGAAGCCUUCUCUUCUAGAGGAUGAAAACGAGGAGGAUAAUAAUACUGAGCUUGCUAAGGAGGAUAACAAAUGUGACUCAUCUUCUCCAGCGAGUGAGGUGAAGGAGAUUGACAUAGUGGGGAAAAAAAGUCUUCCAUUCAAUGCCUCCAACUCCAACUAAAUGUUUCUUAUAUGCUAAUCAACAAAUAAAACUUCUUUGUAUUUUGUGGACAGAAAAUAACAGAAUGAUUCACUGUAUUCGUUUUGUCAUGUGUGUGAAUAGCUUUUCUCUUUACACCGGGUAUGUUCAUAAGUCUAUGCAUGAUCCAUGCUCUUGUAAUCUGCCAAAUGAGAUUCUGUUUGGCAAGCAAUGAAAUAUU